GACGCGUUGAUUCCGAUUCGGACAUUUGCAUCGAUAAUGAUACAGUCACAGGCAAUGGCCUGAACAGUGAUGGUCUGGGCGGUGCCCGACGCAACUCAAUAAAUCGCAAAAACAUUUACUAGGAUGCAUGCAGCUCGCUACGUGGCAGGACGAUGCCUGAAUUUAACAUCAAUUGUUCCGAGGCGCACAGCCAGUAGCCUCAACGACAAUUAUUCUGUGCGCAUUGUGGAAGUAGGACCGCGCGAUGGCUUGCAGAAUGAACAAAAACUACUGCCUGCGGAGGUGAAAAUCGAACUGAUCGAUCGUCUCUCAGAGACUGGACUACGUAGCAUUGAAGCCACCAGUUUUGUGAGCGCCAAGUGGGUGCCACAAAUGGGCGACAAUGCGGCUGUGCUGCGCGGUAUACGUAAAGUUCCUGGCAUUAGUUACCCGGUACUCACGCCCAAUCUGAAAGGAUUCGAGAGUGCACUGGCGGCAGGAGCAGAAGAGGUGGCUGUGUUUGGUGCUGCCUCUGAUGCAUUUUCGCUGAAGAACGUGAAUUGUACCGCCUCCGAAGCGAUUGAUAGAUUUGGACCAGUAUUGGCAGCUGCCAAGCAGCACGGAGUACGUGUGCGUGGCUAUGUUUCCACAAUUGUGGGCUGCCCCUACCAAGGUGCAAUUGCACCAAGCGCUGUCGUAAAGGUGGUAGAGGCGCUGCACGAUAUGGGUUGCUAUGAAAUAUCACUGGGCGACACUAUUGGGGUCGGCACACCGGGCACCAUGCGCAAAAUGUUGGAUGAAGUGACGCGUGCGGUGCCGGCACAACAGCUGGCCGUGCAUUGCCACGACACCUAUGGACAGGCGUUGCCAAAUAUACUAACCUCCCUGGAAUAUGGCAUACGCGUGGUGGAUGCCUCCGUUUCCGGAUUGGGUGGAUGCCCCUAUGCCCGCGGUGCGUCUGGUAAUGCAGCCACCGAAGAUGUGAUUUAUAUGUUACAUGGCAUGGGCAUGAGCACGGGCGUCGACUUGGAGAAACUGAUUGGAGUGGGUCGUUACAUUUGCGAGGAACUAGGCAAGCCGUCAGAGUCCAAAGUGAAUCGUGCCUGGAAGGGCGCAAGCGCAAAGAAGUCGUAGAACAAAUUGUGCCCAAUUAACAUGUGGAAAAUCUGGUAAUGAUACGCUUAAGAUGAAACGUUGGCAUUUACUAAAUAUUAAGUGUUUGUACAUAUUA